CUUUUUUCAACCCUUAAUUAGUUUUUGAUCAAAGUAGAUUACUAUCUCAGCUCCUUUCUCAAAGUUGAUCUAUUUUUCUAAGAUAUGUGUUGUGUAUGAUCCGUUACAGAUUCUGCUCCUCUGGUUUUUGGUCCGUACAGCUUCUAGACUUUGAUCAUAUUUGUUUGUGUUAAAGGACUCAUGAUUCAUGUUACUUCUGUUUGAUGCUGCUAUGCAAAAGGUCUAUUAUAUAGUGCACUGAAGCUAUCUUUCAGAUGAAAAAAAUUGUCUCAGGUGUAGUAUUCUUUGAUCAUCACAACUUCGGAGCUGAGAGUUUGGAUUUGUUUCCCUCUCUUGAGUGAUCAACAAAUCAUUGAUCUAGAGGAUGGAUCAUAGAAGAAGAAAUGAUCCAGAGUUUGAUGAGUUUGAGAAGCUUCUUGGAGAGAUUCCCAAAGUUACUUCAGGAAACGACUAUACAAGUUUCCCUAUAUGCUUCAGCUCAAGCAGAUCCUCACCAGAUCUUCAUCUUCCCGGUGGUGACGACAGCACACUUACCUCUGCAUUUGCUGAAGGAAACUUCAACUUUGGAAUGCCUAAUCAAACUCUGGAGUUCCCUCGAGUUAUGUCCAUUCCUGCUAACCACUUCCCAAGUAGCUCACCUUGUGUGUACUUCCGCAAUGCUCAGCCGCAGCGUUACAUGCCAUCCUCUCAGGCUCACCAUCAUCAAGCUUUGGAUCAUCACUCUCAUAUUAUCCAUUGGAGGAAUAGCCAAGAAGGGAGGGUGAGACUGCAAGAAGAAGAAGAAGAACAGUACAUGCCUGUGUUGGAGCAGUAUCCAAGACAGUUCAAAGGCAUGUACACUGCUCCAGGACAGGAACAUUUCGAUUACCAUCACCGAGCUCAUGAUGGUGAUGAAAGCCUGAGGAGUUUAGACGGGGUGGUAAGCAAGAGAAUGUACUAUCCGGAGAAGAUUUUAAUGAGAUCACCGCUCGGUUUAAACACGGCUAAACUCAUAAACUACGGCGUCGGAGAUCUUGCAAUGAGCCUCAACAACUUGACGUUACAACCUCCAAAGUAUACAAACUCUCUUGCAGAGACAAAAGGGAAGAUAUAUCAGAUGGCGAAAGAUCAGCAUGGUUGUCGCUUCCUGCAGAGGAAAUUCGCUGAGAGAGAUGAGAACGAUAUAGAAAUAAUCUUUAACGAGAUCAUUGACUAUAUCAGUGAGCUUAUGGUAGACCCUUUUGGCAACUACCUUGUCCAGAAGCUUCUCGAAGUAUGCAGCCAAGAUCAGAGGAUGCAGAUUGUUCAUUCCAUCACUAGAAAACCAGGAGUGCUUAUCAAAAUCUCUUGUGACAUGCACGGGACUAGAGUUGUUCAAAAGAUGGUUGAAACGGUUAAGAGACGGGAGGAGAUUGCCAUGAUCAUGUCUGCUUUGAAGCAUGGCGUUGUGAUUUUGAUAAAGAAUGUAAAUGGUAACCACGUUGUUCAACGUUGCUUGCAGUAUCUGUUACCUCACUGCGAGAUGUUUCUUUUUGAGGUAGUGAUUAGUAACUGUGUUGAUCUUGCAACUGAUCAACAUGGAUGUUGUGUGCUUCAAAAAUGUCUUGGCUAUUCCAAAGGAGAACAAAAGUACCGCUUGGUCUUUGAGAUUGCCUCUAAUGCUCUACUCCUCUCUCAACACCCUUUUGGGAACUACGUUAUUCAAUAUAUUCUUGAUCUACAACUCCAAUGGGCUAUCAACGGGAUACUAGAGAUGUUGGAAGGGAACUACACCGAGCUAUCCAUGCAGAAAUGUAGCAGCAAUGUAGUUGAGAAGUGUCUGAGACUAUCUGAUGACAAACACCGGGCUCGCAUCAUCAGAGAACUCAUAAACUUUGGUCGUCUUGACCAAGUCAUGUUGGAUCCUUACGGAAACUAUGUCGUUCAAUCAGCUCUUAAACAAUCCAAGGGGACUACUGCUUAUGGUCUUUUGGUUGAUGCUAUUACACUUCAUGUCUCAUCUCUACGUACCAAUUCUUACGGUAAAAAAGUACUAUCUGCACUUUGCUCGAAGAAGUAAAAAAAUUAGCAGUUGCAGAUUUGUAGCAAAUGUUGCUCUGUGUUGUUGUUGUUACUUGUUGGUGAAGUUACCUUGUAAAAUGUAAUGUGUAAUAAGAGAGCAUAGUCCGCAGGUUUAUGGUUUAAAGAUCCAAAAGAGACAAAAGAAGAUUCAAAGAAAUGGCUUUGUUUUGUAA